AUGGUAGAAGGGAUCGACACGUUGCAAUCCCUGUACUCGCGUUCGGGGAGGUCGUUUUCCGACGGCUUUUCUUCAAACGCAGCGGCUGGGUACGAGGCUCUCAGCUGUCCCACGCCGGUAAAUAGCCACGCCAGUGGACGAGUUAACUCGUCCGGACGCCAUUCACGUCGCGGUGGUCCCAAGUACGCUCCACUAGGAAGCGUUGAUCACCGCUUGAGUCCACCAAAAGAUGUGGUGGCGGUGGGAACACCUGAUCCGGCUCGAGGGUCGGAUCAAGUUGAUGUUCAAGAGCUGAACCGUCUAACGAAACAAUUGCAAGAUGACCCGGCUCAUGAACGAUCUCGGCGUUAUGGGCUUCAGGAUCUGGUAAGGGAUAACUACAAUUCCCUACCGCACGAUCUUUCGGAUGAUCGUGCCGCUUUUGCGCUCGCGCAACUUGAGAACGAACGUUCGACUCGUUUUUUUCGUAGUGAGCUGGCUGUAGCUCGUCGAGACAUCGCUGAACUGCGUGAACAGGUCGCUUCGCUAGUUGACCAAACUGGUUUGUUUAAACGGGACCACUCGAAGGUGGUCUCGACUCUCAACCGUGGAGGUGUUCUUUGCACAUCGAAACGGCCUCGUAAUGAUAAUUCGAGCGAAGACGACCAACGUAAAACGUAG